AUGGCCACGACGACAACGCAGACGCUGGAGUCGCCAUCAGCCAUCGAGCUUGAAAAUCGCGACCAAGAAAGCAAUGAACACCAAGAUGACCAACUUCGAGCUCUGGAAACCGACCCUAACGCAGAUGCCAUCAUGCACGCUUCUCUACUUGCCGACUCCGAAGUACCGGACGGUGGUUACGGAUGGGUCGUUGUUUUCUCCGGUGCAGCCAUCACCUGGUGGUUCGUUGGAGCUUCAUACACUUGGGGCGUGAUGCAGGCCGCCCUCGUCGAGCAGAAGAAAUAUUCCCCCGCCACGCUCGCAUUCGUGGGAUCCCUCGUCCCUGCGAUGAUCGCGAUCCUUGCCAUUCCAAAUGCCACGCUCAUCAGAAAAGUUGGUGCAAGAGCUACAGGGCUUGCUGGCAUAUUCUUGCUCGGUCUGGGCAGUAUUCUAGCCGGGUUUGCGGUAGACAGCAUCCCGGGUCUCUUUAUGACAUGGGGAUUGGUCUGUGGGAUAGGCACAAGUCUUUGCUUCAUGACUGCUUCGAUCACACCAGCACAGUACUUCAAGACCAAACGCGGAGUCGCAAAUGGCAUCGUCUACGCUGGAGGCGGCCUCGGUGGCACAGCCAUGAGUUUCAUGCUUAACGCCCUCAUCGAAAACGUCGGCAUCCCCUGGGCGUUCCGAAUUUUCGGCUUCAUGAUCCUGAGCACUGGACUGCCCGCCGCAUGGCUAAUGAAGGAACGCGUGCCCAUCCGAAAAGCCCAGUUCGUAGAGUGGACGCUUUUCAAAGACGUCAAGUUCGGACUCGUCUUUGCCGUCGGCGUCAUCGGCACGUUCCCGCUCUUCGUCCCGCCUUUCUUUUUGCCGCUGUACAGCAACUCGCUCGGCCUUCCUUCGGCUGCGGGCGCCGGUCUCCUUGCGGCUUUUAACUUCUGCUCCGCCAUUGGGCGGUUGGGAUCGGGCUUUGCGUGUGACAAGCUGGGCUCUCUGACUACUCUGUUCAUCACGCUCCUUCUCAGCGCAAUUAGCUUGAUGGUCAUGUGGCCUCUAUCAAGCUCUCUCGGCCCGCUUAUAGCCUUCGUGAUCAUCAACGGUAUGGCUAACGGCGGGUUCUUCUCCACCAUGCCCACUGUAGUGGGCAACGUGUUCGGCUCCGCACGCGUGGGUGUUGCGAUGGGCAUGAUUGUUAGCGGAUGGAUUGGUGGAUAUCUCAUGGGUGCGCCGAUUGCUGGCUACAUCCUAGAUGCUUCUGGCGGCGAGAACAAAGGUAUCGGGCCGUAUCGGCCAGCCAUAUUCUACGCUGGUGGGAUGGCGGUCGUUGCUACUAUCCUUUCGGCCAUCGUUAGACUUCGGGUUGAUAGGAGCCUGAAAAAGAUGGUGUAA